AUGAACGAUGGUGGUGCCGCUGCAGAUGAUACGGGUGACGGAGCGGGUGAUGACGAGUUGGACACUACAGAGCUCAAUCCGGAGGAUAUCCUCGCUUUGGCCGCGAAGAAGGCGAAGAAAAAGGAGCUUGCCGCUGUCGACCACUCUCGAAUGUCUUACGAGCCUUUCCGCAAGGAGUUCUAUAUGCCUCCACCCGACAUCGCCGCCAUGACAGACGAGGAAGCAGACCUACUUCGUCUCGAACUCGAUAGCAUCAAAAUUCGUGGUGUCGAUUGCCCAAGGCCCGUAACAAAGUGGAGUCACUUUGGGCUACCCACCAGCGUCCUCGACGUUAUCAAAAGGCUCAACUACGCGGCACCUACUUCGAUUCAGGCUCAAGCCGUUCCGGCAAUAAUGUCUGGCCGAGAUGUAAUUGGUGUCGCCAAAACGGGCUCUGGAAAGACGGUCGCUUUCUUGCUUCCUGUCUUCCGUCACAUCAAAGACCAGCGGCCACUAGAGCAGAUGGAGGGACCAAUUGCGAUCAUCAUGACACCUACACGGGAGUUGGCCGUGCAGAUUCACAGGGAUUGUAAGCCAUUCUUGAAAGUUUUAAACUUAAGGGCUGUUUGCGCGUACGGUGGCUCUCCCAUCAAGGACCAGAUCGCAGACAUGAAGAAAGGGGCCGAAAUUAUCGUUUGCACGCCUGGUCGGAUGAUCGAUCUCCUCACCGCCAAUUCUGGCCGUGUCACCAACCUCAAGCGCGUAACCUACCUCGUUCUCGACGAAGCUGACCGUAUGUUCGACAUGGGGUUUGAGCCACAGGUCAUGAAGAUCGUUAAUAACAUUCGUCCCGACCGUCAGACCCUCCUUUUCUCCGCUACUUUCCCCAAACAGAUGGACUCCCUCGCCCGGAAGAUUCUUCGCAAGCCUCUCGAGAUCACUGUAGGCGGUCGAUCGGUCGUAGCAGCUGAGAUCGACCAAAUCGUCGAAGUUCGUCCCGAAGAAACGAAGUUCAAUCGUCUUCUCGAGGUCCUUGGGCAGAUGUACAAUGAAGAUCCAGAGGCACGAACUUUGAUCUUCGUCGACCGGCAGGAGGCUGCUGACAACUUACUUCGCGAGCUCAUGCGGAAGGGUUAUCUCUGCAUGUCGCUUCACGGAGGGAAGGACCAAGUAGACAGGGACUCUACCAUCGCUGACUUCAAAGCCGGAGUCGUUCCCAUCGUCAUCGCCACGUCAGUCGCUGCCCGAGGCUUGGAUGUCAAGCAACUCAAACUCGUCAUCAAUUUCGACGCACCCAACCAUAUGGAAGAUUAUGUGCAUCGCGCUGGGCGGACUGGUCGGGCUGGGAAUAAGGGGACGUGUAUCACAUUCAUCACUCCUGAGCAGGACCGGUAUUCUGUCGAUAUCUAUCGCGCUUUGAAGGCUAGCAAUGCUAAUGUCCCACAGGAGCUUGAAGAACUUGCCAAUGGUUUCUUGGACAAGGUCAAAGCCGGCAAGGCACACGCGGCCGGGUCUGGGUUCGGAGGUAAAGGCCUUGAUCGCCUUGACAAGGAACGUGAUGCUCGCGAGAAAGCCGAGCGGAAAGCGUACGGCGAACCAGACGAGGAGAAGGCAGCAGCUGAGGGUGAGGCGGCAGCUGGCGGAACGACGACAGCUGCGAAGAAAGAGCCAGCCGACGAUAUGACCUUCGGGAAUUUCAAAGUCGAGAUCAAACGCGGCCCGGCCCCGGAUUCAUCGAAAGGCCAACUUGGGGUCAACCCGGAUUCGACGGACUUCCAUGCUAUUGUGCCUAUCAACGACUACCCCCAGAAGGCUAGAUGGAGAGUCACGAACAAGGAGACGAUGGUGCAGCUCAUCGAUAUGACGGGCGCUUCGGUGACCAACAAGGGUAUAUUCUACGAGCCCAACAAGGAACCACCGCCCGAAGGUCCUCCGAAACUGCACCUUCUCAUCGAGUCCAACGAAGAAUGGAGGGUCGAGCAUGCCGUGCGCGAGAUCAAGCGUUUGCUCAUCGAGGCGUCGGCCGCCGCUCUACAGGCAGAGAUGCGGAAUCCCACAGCGACAUCUGGGCGUUACAGCGUCGUUUAG